AUGUACAAGACAAAUUGGAUGUACAAGACAAAUUCAUUUGGUGCAACUGAGAUCCUGGAGGUGCUCAAGAACUGGCCGGAGAGGAGCAUCCAGGUCAUCGUUGUCACCGACGGCAAGCGCAUCCUUGGCCUCGGGGAUCUCGGUUGCCAGGGGAUGGGAAUUCCCGUUGGCAAGCUCUCCCUCUACACUGCCCUCGGAGGUGUUCGCCCCUCAGCUUGCCUGCCGAUCACGAUCGAUGUCGGCACCAACAACGAGACCUUGCUCAACGACGAGUUCUACAUCGGCCUCCACCAGAAACGUGCCACAGGAGAGGAGUAUCAUGAACUUCUCGAAGAGUUCAUGACCGCCGUCAAGCAAAACUACGGCGAGAAGGUCCUCACCCAGUUCGAAGACUUCGCGAACCACAACGCUUUUGACCUGUUGGAGAAGUACAGGGAGAGCCAUCUCGUCUUCAACAACGAUAUCCAGGGAACAGCCUCCGUGGUCCUGGCAGGCCUCCUGGCGGCGCUCAAGGUGGUCGGCGGGACGAUUGCAGACCACACUUACCUGUUCCUCGGUGCCGGCGAGGCCGGGACUGGCAUUGCGGAGCUCAUUGCUCUCGAGAUGCCAAAACAGACUGGGUCUCCGAUCGAGGAGUGCCGCCCGAAGAUCUGGCUGAUGGACUCCAAGGGCCUGAUCGUGGCAUCACGGAUAGACUCGCUGCAGGCAUUCAAGAAGCCGUGGGCACAUGAGCACGAGCCCGUGGCGACGCUGCUGGAGGCGGUGCAGUUGCUGAAGCCGACGGUGCUGAUCGGCUCCUCGGGCAAGGGCGGCACCUUCACCCAGGACGUGGUGGAAGCCAUGGGUUCCCUAAACGAGAAGCCCGUGAUCUUCGCGCCGUCGAACCCGACAUCGCACUCAGAAUGCACGGCGGAGCAGGCCUACACGUGGACGCAGGGCCGUGCGGUGUUCGCGAGCGGCAGCCCGUUCCGGACGGUGGAGCUGGACGGGAAGACGCUGGUGCUAGGCCAGUCCAACAACACCUACAUCUUCCCUGGGUUCGGCCUCAGCGUCGUCAUCCCGGGCACCAUCCGCGUCCGCGACGACAUGCUGCUGGCCACCUCCGAGGCGCUGGCGGAGCAGGUGACGGAGGACCACUUUGCCAAGGGCCUCAUCUUCCCGCCCUUCACCAAUAUCCGCGCCAUCUCGGCCCGCAUCGCUGCCAAGGUGGCCGCCAAGGCCUAUGAGCUCGGCCUCGCCAGGCGCCUGCCACGCCCCGACGACCUCGUCAAGUAUGCGGAGAGCUGCAUGUACACCCCCACCUACCGCAGCUACCGGUAA